CGUAAGCUCUUGCGUGGCAGCAAAUAUGACAUCCAUAAUAUGGUCACGUUGGUUGCAGGCUUUUAGUGACGCAAUCUAAUACUAACUUUACGAGUCUUAACGCGUCAGUGGUGUCUGUUGUAAAAGUUAUCACUGUGAUUACGUUGUUUAUAAGUUAUGUCUGCUGAUCUAACAUUUCUUGGGACGGGAGCGGCUUAUCCAUCGCCCAGUAGAGGUGCCUCUGCUAUUGCCCUGAGAUUUGAAGGCGAGUGCUGGUUGUUUGAUUGUGGAGAAGGCACCCAAAUUCAGUUCAUGAAAAGUCAUCUUAAAGCAGGAAGAAUUGCUAAAAUUUUCAUAACCCAUUUACAUGGGGACCAUGUAUUUGGCCUUCCAGGGCUUCUUUGUACUGUAAGUCUUCAGUGUAAUACUAGUUCAAACAAAGAUCAGGUUGUAGAAAUCUAUGGUCCUGUUGGGGUCCGGAAGUUCCUGCGCACAAGCCUGGAGAUAUCACAGUCACAACUUGUCUUCCAGUAUGUUGUCCAUGAACUUGUACCUACACCUGAUCAGUGCCCAGCUGAGGAGUUUAGGGAAUGCAGUGUAAAUGGUUUUGAAGACAGAUUGCACCCACAGGAAGUCUUAGGAAGGACAAUUGCUCUUGAUCCUGAUGAAGAUUUCUACAAACUUUUUGAAAAUGAGCAUUUUACUAUUAAAGCAUUCAGACUUUAUCAUCGAAUACCUUCAUUUGGGUUUGUAGUAGAAGAAAAAGAACGCCCUGGUCGCCUUAAUGUUCAGAUGCUAAAGGAAAUGGGUGUUCCUCAGGGGCCUCUGUACGGAAAACUAAAAAAUGGAGAACCAGUGACUCUGGAAAAUGGAAUAACAGUCUUUCCUUCAGAUGUUCUUGAUAAGCCUAUUCCUGGAAGGAAGAUUUGUUUACUGGGUGAUUGUACAGCUGUUAUUGGUGAUAUUGCUCAGAAACUGUGCUUUGGGGCAGAUCUUCUCGUCCAUGAAGCCACUUUGGAUGAUGCACAAAUAGACAAAGCAAAGGAGCAUGGACACAGUACUCCAAAAAUGGCUGCAGAGUUUGCCAAGUCUUGCUAUGUUAAGAAGCUGGUUCUCUCACACUUCAGCCAACGUUACAAGCCCCUGUCUUUUGUUGAAGAAGGUGAUGAUGAUGUUACUGAAUUAAAGCAUCAAGCAGAAGAAAUUAUGAAUAAUGUUGAGGUAAUCCUGGCAGAAGACUUCAUGGUGAUUGAAAUUCCAAUAAAUAAACGGAACUAGCAUCUUAAAUUUUAACAGCAUAAUCCAUGAGUCUAUUUUAAAUGUUUGCGAAGACCAGAAACAAAUUAGCUUUUAAUAAACAUGUGCCUUUGUUUGCCACAGUGUUUUAUUGGAAUUGGUAAAUACAGACAUCUCCAACUUUA